ACAUUUUAUUUUCGAAAUUUUUUAUUGCAAACACUAAAGUAAAGCUGAGCAUACUUAAGUACAUUCAUGAGACAAUUAAUUCUUUAUUUCUAUGUCAUUAUUGUGUGAACUUAUCUUUAUGUAGCUAUGUAAUCAUUUUUUGAUAUAAAUAACUUCUAUCGAAUAGUGUUUCAUAAUAGCAAGUACUCACAGUUUCACCUUGUGUCUGAAUAUUCUCUGAACAUAAUGAGUGGAAAAUUCAAAUUUGCCAUUGACCGUGGAGGAACUUUUACUGAUGUGUAUGUUAAAUGCCCUAAUGGUAAAGAACGAGUAUUAAAAUUACUGUCAGUGGAUCCAAGUAACUAUGAAGAUGCUCCUCGUGAAGGGAUCAGACGAAUUCUCGAAGAAGAAACUGGUACAAAGAUAUCACCUAAUCAGUUGAUCGAUGGUUCUAAUAUCGAAUGGAUUCGUAUGGGUACCACUGUGGCUACCAACGCUCUUCUAGAAAGAAAAGGCGAAAGGAUGGCUCUUGUAAUUAAUGAAGGAUUCAAAGAUUUGCUCAACAUUGGAAAUCAAGCUCGGCCAAAAAUUUUCGAUCUAGAAAUUAAAACUCCCGAUGUAUUGUACGAAGAUGUUGUUGAAGUUUCUUGUCGUGUUAUUCCGGUAUCGAAAAGAUGUCGUUUGGAUCAAAAGUUUUUCAAAGGAAAAGUAAAGGGCACGACAAAUGAAGAAUUGCAUAUUUUGAAAGAAUUAGACGAGUUAAAUGUCACUGCUGAAUUAUUGAAAUUGAAGCAAAAAGGAGUCAAAAGUAUUGCUGUGGUACUGAUGCAUUCUUAUACUUACACAGAUGACGAAUUAAGAAUUGGUAAACUCGCUGAAUCAAUUGGCUUUGAACAUGUAUCUCUGUCUCAUCAAGUUAUGCCUAUGGUGAAAAUUGUACCGCGUGGGUUUACUGUUUGCGUAGAUGCUUACUUGACUCCUUGUAUUAAACGAUAUCUCGAUGGAUUCGUUUCUGGAUUUAAAGAUAAUUUGAAAAAUACCAAUGUUUUGUUCAUGCAGAGCGAUGGUGGUCUUACUCCAAAAGAUGGUUUCAAUGGAUCUAGAGCAAUUCUAUCAGGCCCUGCUGGAGGUGUAGUUGGUUAUGCUAAAACUUCGUUUAGUGGUACACCGGUAAUAGGUUUCGAUAUGGGAGGUACUUCAACAGAUGUAAGCCGAUUUGAUGGCGAUUAUCCUCAUGUAUUCGAGUCAACUACGGCUGGAAUAACUAUUCAAGCUCCUCAGUUGGAUGUAAACACGGUCGCUGCUGGCGGAGGCUCGCGAUUAUUUUUCCGUUCCGGAAUGUUCGUAGUCGGACCUGAAAGUGCUGGAGCUCAUCCUGGACCAGUUUGUUAUCGAAAAAAUGGUUAUUUGACUGUGACUGAUGCCAAUCUAAUAUUAGGAAGAAUAUUACCAGAAUUUUUUCCACAUACUUUUGGUAUUACUCAAGAUCAACCUUUAGAUAAAGAGGCUUCCGUUCGUGCAUUUGAGAAUCUUUCUGCAGAAAUAAAUAAAUUUCAAAAUAGUAUUGGAAAGAAACCAAUAUCAAUGGAAGAAAUUGCAACAGGUUUCAUUAAAGUUGCGAAUGAAGCAAUGUGUCGUCCAAUACGUGCUCUUACUCAGGCUAAGGGUUACGAUACCAGAAAUCAUGUAUUAUCUUGUUUUGGAGGAGCUGGUGGACAGCAUGCUUGUGCCAUUAGUCGACAAUUGGGAAUUCGUACCGUAUACAUUCAUAAAUAUGCCGGUAUAUUAUCAGCUUAUGGAAUGGCAUGCGCCGAUGUUGUUCAAGAAUGUCAAGAACCCUGUGCCAAAAGUUAUUCCAAGGAAAACUUUCAAUUUUUGGAUGAAAGAUUGAGACUACUUGAAACGAAAUGUUCUCAACUUUUAAAAGAACAAGGAUUCGAAGAUUCGAAGAUUGAAAUAGAACCAUUUUUACAUUUAAGAUACGAUGGUACCGAUUGUGCUCUCAUGUGUAAACCAUCUAAGAAAGCUGGAGACUCGCCCGGUUACGGAAAUUUCGAAAUCACAUUUUUAGAAAGGUACAAAAAAGAAUUUGGUUUCAUUUUACCUGAACGAAAAAUUAUGGUAGAUGAUAUUCGUAUACGUGGUAUUGGUAAGUCACCAAUCAGUCCUCCAGACGUAAAUGAAACCGAGACAUAUACAGCCAAACUUUCUCCUAAAAAGGUUGUGGAUGUGUAUUUUGAAAAUAUUGGUCAUCUUCCUUCGCAAGUAUAUAUUUUACAAGAGUUACCUUCGGAAUACGUCGUAGAUGGUCCGGCAAUUAUUAUCGAUCAACUUAGUACUAUUUUAAUUGAACCAAAUUGCGUCGCUAGAAUAACAAAAUCGAAAGAUAUAGAAAUUACAAUCAAUGAAUCUUCGGGUUUCAACGUGAGUGAAGAAUUAGACGCUAUCCAACUUAGUAUUUUUUCUCAUAGAUUUAUGAGCAUAGCUGAACAAAUGGGGAGAGUUCUUCAACAAACUUCCAUUUCGACAAAUAUUAAGGAAAGAUUAGAUUUUUCUUGCGCAUUAUUCGGUCCUGAUGGUGGAUUAGUUUCUAAUGCUCCUCAUAUACCUGUGCAUCUGGGUGCUAUGCAGGAAACCGUGCAAUACCAAUUACGUAAUGUCGGUAAUCAAUUAAAAGAAGGUGAUGUUUUGUUGUCGAAUCAUCCAAAAGCGGGUGGUUCACAUUUACCCGAUUUAACAGUCAUCACUCCAGUCUUUUAUAAGAAUGAUAAGCCCAUAUUUUUUGUAGCCAGCCGUGGGCAUCAUGCUGAUAUCGGCGGAAUUACUCCAGGUUCAAUGCCUCCUCAUUCUAAAUCUUUAUCAGAGGAAGGUGCAACAUUCAAAAGUUUCUUUCUUGUGAAGGAAGGAAUUUUUCAAGAAAAACGACUUAUUGAGGUCUUAACAACUCCCACUGAUGCUCCAGGGUCCACUGGUACUCGCAAUUUAAACGAUAAUAUAUCCGAUCUAAAAGCUCAAAUUGCUUCCAAUCAAAAGGGAAUUUAUUUAGUUACCGAACUGAUAGAUUACUAUGGAUUAAAAAUAGUACAAGCAUAUAUGAAUCAUAUUCAAAAGAAUGCUGAAUUGGCCGUUAGAGAUUUAUUGCAAUGUGUUGGUGAGAAAUUAGUAAAAGAAACCGGAGGUAGCACUAUAACUGCAUGUGAUUAUUUGGAUGAUGGAUCAAAAAUAAAUCUGAAAUUAUCAAUAGAUCAGUUACGUGGUUGUGCUGUGUUUGAUUUCACUGGCACCGGAUACGAAGUCUGGGGGAACUGUAAUGCACCCAGAGCAAUCACAUUAUCGGCCAUUAUUUACUGUUUACGGUGUAUGGUUGGACAUGACGUUCCCUUGAAUCAAGGCUGUUUGAAUCCCAUUAAUGUGAUAAUACCAGAAGGAAGCUUACUCGAUCCAUCUGAUGAUGCUGCUGUGGUUGGUGGUAACGUUCAAACUUCGCAGCGUAUAGUGGAUGUGAUUUUUAAAGCCUUCAAAGCGACAGCAGCUAGCCAAGGAUGUAUGAAUAAUAUAACAUUUGGUCAAGAGGAUUGGGGAUAUUACGAAACAGUCGCAGGAGGAGCCGGAGCAGGACCUACAUGGCAUGGUAAAAGUGGCGUUCAUGUUCAUAUGACAAACACUCGAAUUACUGACGCGGAAAUAUUAGAACGACGUUAUCCAAUUUUUUUGAAGAAAUUCAGCUUACGUCCUGAUUCUGGCGGGAAAGGGAAAUUCAAUGGUGGCGAUGGUGUUGUUCGAGAAUUACUUUUUCGAGCUCCAAUGGUGUUGUCAAUUCUAACUGAACGACGAGUGUUUGCGCCUUAUGGAUUGGAAGGUGGAGAACCAGGAGCUAGAGGCGAAAAUCUGUUGAUUAAGAAAAACGGUCGUAUAAUUAGACUACCAUCCAAGAUUGCUGCUUCUGUCGAAGCUGAGGAAGUAUUUCAAUUGAAUACUCCUGGAGGUGGAGGUUACGGUUCAGUCGUUGAAAAAAAUGAAUCAGAUUCUUCAUCGUUGGAUAAAGAGUCAUCUGUGAUGUUCAUUCAAAGAGGAAGUGUUUACAAUUACAAUUUAGAACAAGAAUCAAUUUAAUCACAACUUGAGUUACCAUAAUUUGUUAUUUUGAAAUGUUAUCCGAUUCAUUUCUAGUUUUUUAUUUUUUUAAUCAAAAUCUAUACGUACAAAUGUUAUUACUAUUUUAUUAUUCUUCGAUUUUAAAAUAAAAGUGCAGUGAAAAAUA